CAAGUGAAGAAAAAUACAACUAGACCAAGAGCUAAAUGGUGUGAGAGAGUAGAGAGCGAAAAAGAGAGAAGGUGGGUGUGUGAGAGAGUCGCAAUCUCACUAUCACAUGGGGUCCUUGGCUUUGGGGCCAAAGCAUCAACAAGCAGAGGCACAGCCACAGCGACAGCAAGACCACAAUGAGCCACUGAACCACGUGACUCGCCGAGCCCCCGAUAUGGACUCCGACAAGGAAAUGUCAGCUCCUGUUAUUGAGGGAAAUGAUGCAGUCACCGGUCACAUCAUUUCAACAACCAUUGGUGGCAAAAAUGGUGAACCCAAACGGACGAUCAGUUACAUGGCAGAGCGUGUUGUAGGUACUGGAUCAUUUGGAAUCGUUUUUCAGGCUAAAUGCAUUGAAACUGGAGAAACGGUGGCCAUAAAGAAGGUCUUGCAGGACAGGAGGUAUAAAAAUCGUGAGUUGCAGUUGAUGCGCUUGAUGGAUCACCCAAAUGUUGUUUCCCUGAAGCAUUGUUUCUUCUCUACAACAAGUAAAGAUGAGCUUUUCUUGAAUCUUGUUAUGGAAUAUGUACCCGAGACUAUGUACAGGGUUCUGAAGCACUACAGUAGUAUGAACCAAAGGAUGCCACUAAUCUAUGUGAAACUUUAUACAUAUCAAAUUUUUAGGGGCCUGGCUUAUAUUCAUGCUGUUCCUGGUGUUUGCCAUAGAGAUGUGAAGCCUCAAAAUCUUUUGGUUGAUCCCCUCACCCAUCAGGUUAAGCUUUGUGACUUUGGAAGUGCAAAAGUUCUGGUCAAGGGGGAAGCAAAUAUAUCGUACAUAUGUUCUCGUUACUAUCGGGCUCCUGAACUCAUCUUUGGUGCAACAGAAUAUACAACAUCCAUUGAUAUCUGGUCAGCUGGUUGUGUCCUUGCUGAGCUCCUUCUAGGCCAGCCAUUGUUUCCAGGAGAGAAUGCAGUGGACCAACUUGUAGAGAUUAUCAAGGUUCUUGGUACUCCAACUAGAGAAGAAAUUCGAUGCAUGAAUCCGAACUACACAGAUUUUAGGUUCCCUCAGAUUAAAGCUCACCCUUGGCAUAAGGUUUUCCACAAGCGAAUGCCGCCUGAAGCAAUUGACCUUGCCUCACGACUUCUUCAAUAUUCGCCGAGUCUACGUUGCACUGCGCUAGAAGCAUGCACACAUCCUUUCUUUGAUGAACUUCGGGAGCCCAAUGCUCGCCUUCCAAAUGGUCGCCCACUGCCACCACUUUUCAACUUCAAACAAGAAUUAAGUGGAGCGUCACCCGAACUGAUCAACAGGCUCAUACCAGAGCAUAUGCGGCAGCAGACUGGUCUUGGAUUCCCACACCCAGUUGGUACUUGAAUGUAAAGUCAUGAAACAAGGAAUUAUCUGUUCUACUAGUGGAUGGAUGUGAAGCAAAAGAGGGCCUCUUUGUGGUCUAUAUAACACUCAGCAUUCUGGCCUAAUAUGCUGUUCUCGCCCUCCCCUCCGAUGAUGUAUACAUAUAGUGGCUCUCCAGCUUAACCUGGAAAUUGUUGAUCCUGUCUUCUAUGUCAUUUUAGCCCAAACAUACUGUCUUCCUGCAUCUGUACAUCGUUUUGAUUGUAAUGAUUCCAGAAAGCCAAAUGUAUAAGUUUAUUCAAAUCUAGCUAGGGUAGGGGCUGUAAAAGUCCGGUGCCCCGAGGGGCAUAAUAGUAGUGCGGCUUGUCGUUUACCUUUUAAUUAUGGUGUUGUUUCUGCUGUCUGUUGCUGUCUUGUCUCGAAUUAUAUUUUGCUAUUGUUGAUUUCUGUAUUUUUUUAAUUUCUUCAAUACUGCCUUCUUCUGGAUAAUUUCAAAUCUCUGCUGUUUAAUGGGGCAGAGGUUUGAGCUUCAUAAUUUAAUAGAACAUUCUUGCUCAGUGUUUGAA